AUGGAAUGGGGAGAUCUAAACUCAGCAGUUAAUGACGCAAUAAAUUCAAGGAUUGAAGGGAUAUGCACAAGCUUAGCCUCUCAACGGAACACAAUUGAGCAAAUAAUUCAAGCAAUUCAAAUUAUUGAAGAAAAAGUUCGAAACAAUAAGCCUGAAAAGCAUAAGUUAACAAUAGAUCUCAAUGAAGAUACUUCGUCAAAAAUUAUUGAUAAUAGGCCUCAAACAACUAAGGUCCAAGUUCCCAGAAAAUCAUUUGGGACGCCUGAAAGGCCAAGCACUACAGACAGCAAACUCAAAAAACAAAAUGAGGAAAAAUUAAAGAAAGAAGAAGCCAAAAAAGCAGCUGAUGAGGCAAAAAAAAUAGCAGAGGAGGCGAAAAAAAGGAAAUUUGAAGAAGCUAUACUUAAGUUCAUAGAGCUGAAUAUCUGAUGUAAUAUUUUAUAUGCCUAAUUUUGUUUUUAGUAAUUGUGCUUAUUAUAGUCAAAGGGCAUAAAAAGAAAAAAGAGGAGGAAGAAAUGAAGAAAAAAGCUGCUUUUGCAAAGAAAAAGGAAGAAGAAGCUAUCUUACCCCUUUAAGAGCGAGCGAGAUUUUUCUGCUCACUCUUAAAAGGUUUAAUUGCAUUAAUAAAAAUUUUAUAAAAUUAUAUUUAAAAUUUCUCAUUUUCAAAUAUUUAAUUUAUAAAAUUUAUGCUUAAAAUUCAAUAGAAUUAGUAAUUUUUUAAUUGUAAAUAAUUAAAAUAAUUAAAAAGAUAUUAUAUAUGAAAAUAAAUUAUUUAAAAAUUUUUAAGGCAUUUUCUCAAUGGUUUUGCUUUCUUAUAGAGGAGUAUAUAGUAGAAAAAAGCUGAGGAAGCGAAAGAGAAAAAAUUAAAAGAGGAAGCAAAAGCAAAACAAAUUGCAGAUAAAAAAGCUUUAUUGGAUGAAGAAAAGAAAAAAAUCGAAGAAAGCAAAAAAAAAUCUGAAGAACUGAAGAAGCAUGCAGAAGAAUCCAAAAAAAAGCCAGCAGAAUCCAAAAGCAAAGCUGAAGAGGAGAAAAAAAAGAAAAUUGAUAUCAAACUUAAGCCAGAAAUUAUAAGAACGCAUAGAAAUACAAUUGAAAAGGAUUCAAAUAUCCAAGAAAACCAUGAAAUAUUUAAUACAAACGGGCAUAAUUCGCCACCGUCAGUGAAUCCUUUUGAUCCCAGAAGAUCUGUAGUAAUUGACCACCAGGAAGAGGCAAAAAUUACUCGUAGAAGUUGUACAAUAGAUGAAUCUUCCAAAAGGCGCUCUUCAUUAUAUCCAAUAGAAAUCGAUGCUCAAAUAGCCCAACUACAAGCAUUGCAUAGUAUGGAAGACUUAACAACUGAAAAGAAAUUUGAAUUAUCAGUAGGAGCAAAAAGCGCUUUAAGCCUCCUAACCACUAUGGAUGACGAUAAAUUCUACUUAGACAGAUAUCCUAGCCCUGAUGUCGUAUGGGCAUUUAGAGUAUUUUUCCAAUUAUUAAAUCUAGCUGUGCCUGAAGAUGAUAAUGAGGCUUGGAAUUAUUGUAGAGAAUUUUUAAUUGCUGCAAGAAAUAAGGAUAGUAAUAAGAAAUCAAUUGAUAGAGUUUUUAUUGAAAAAGUCAAUGAAUUUGAUUUUUCGGAAGAUAAUAUUGAUGUGAUUGAAAAUAUGAUAAUUGGGAAUGACUCAAAACUUAAUCCUCAAUAUUUUACUGAUUUUUGCCCUCUUACAGGUCUGCUAAUGUUUGCGAUUAGAGAGGCUGCUUUGUAUGGAGGAGCGAUUAAAGGGAAAACACCUGCGUGGAGACAGUAUAGGCGAUUACUUCACAAAAAGCAAAAAUCUGAACAGAUAAAAGAAUAA